UUCUGUUUUUCGUAAAGUUCGAAUACAAUAUUGAUAUAAUUUGUUAUAUUAAAAAGCUAGAAAGUAGUUCAUGCGAUUCUAGCUGUGAUUCUGUGUACGGAGUGUUUGUUUUAAAGACGGGCAUAAAUUAAUUACUAUUUGCAGUGGCUUAUUUCCAAUCUCAUUCAAUUUCAAUUUGCUGGUUAAUUCGGACGUAUGUAUGCGUAUUUAAUUGCUAAAAGGUAUAAAAAACAGUACACGACUAAUCACUCCAUACACUUGUGUGCAAAACUAGAAAACUUGACCGAUUGAGCAGUGAUAAAGCACUUCUGAAGUGGCUUUGAUCGCCACGCCAGUGGUUAAGUCCAACGAGAGUCCGGCGAGUGGCAGGCAGACCAUUCUUUCGCACAUUUCACCAAGAAAAGCGUAGAUUUACCAAAUUUGUUUACGAAUUGGUGAUUGCAAAGCUGACCGCAAAACGAUGGCUCAAUCGAAACCGUUGAACGAUGUGUUCAGCUACCUUUCCUGGGUGCAUGCAGCUUCAGGAGCAACGGGAAGUGUGGUUGCUAUGUCGGCCUUUUAUCCGCUGGAUACCGUGCGCUCCAGACUGCAGUUGGAAGCGCCGGAACGGCGAAAGGCGCAAAGCACCUGGGCUAUCCUGAAGCAGCUGGUAGCGGAAGAGGGCUUCCAAACGUUGUACCGUGGCAUCGGCCCGGUGCUGCAGAGUCUGUGCAUCUCAAACUUCGUCUACUUUUACACGUUUCACAGUCUUAAGGCGAUCCGGGGUGCUGCCAACGGAGGCAGUCAAUCGGCACUGGCUGAUCUGGUGCUCGGCUCGCUGGCCGGUGUCGUCAAUGUGUUCAUGACAACCCCCUUCUGGGUGGUAAAUACGCGGCUAAAAAUGAAGGGCUUGAACCAUCGCGUUAAGGACAACACGAUGCAUUACGAUAAUUUGCUGGACGGAUUGAUUUACAUUUGGCGUACGGAAGGAGUCAAAGGUUUGUGGGCCGGUUCGGUUCCGUCCUUGCUGCUGGUGAUUAAUCCUGCCAUUCAGUUUAUGGUGUACGAAUCGCUGAAGCGUCGGCUGGUCCCGGAUGUGAAGUUAGCCUCCAGUGCUUCGUACUUCGCUAUGGGAGCGGUGGCCAAAGCGAUAGCCACUGUGCUCACCUACCCGUUGCAGCUGAUACAAACCAAAUUGCGGCAUGGUAAUACGGAUAAAAAUAUGGAUGUUCCUCCGGAUACGGAUAUGAUUCAGUUGCUAUUGAUUAUCCUCAAAAAGCAGGGAGCUGCCGGUUUGUUCCGUGGCCUGGAAGCGAAGUUAUUGCAGACGGUACUGACGGCAGCGCUUAUGUUCAUGACAUAUGAGAAGAUCGCUCGUUUCGUGACGUUAAUUCUGGUGAGAGCUAAGAAGUGAUAGUAGAAUACUCGUACAAUUGUAGUGUUUUUUGUCUGCCGGUAUGGGUAAAGGUUUUUUGUGCUCAGAAUUCCAUGGCAUUUUUAAUAUUUAUGCAUUCUUUCCCAACUUAUCUAGUCCUGCACAUUCCGAUACACAGGUUUUUCGCCACAGGCAAUCAAAUCAUGUCAUCACACAUGUGAGUUUUCCUCUAAAUUAUCUGUAGUUUUAAAUUAACGCAACUGAACCUGUGGGUUAUUUAUUUCAACUAUGGUAUGGCUCUUAGGCAUUAUUAGGUAGGUUCUAGUAGAAUAGUUACUGUUUGCAAAGUAGUGCGACAAAUUUGACAUUGAAAUGUUCAAAGCCUCAUAUAAGAUAUUGCAACCGUGUUUGUAUGCUUGUAGGCCAAAAUAAAAAAGAAGCA